AUGCCAUAUGAAUCUCUUGAUUUUGACUACAUCUCCUCCCACCCUGCCACUUCUCUUGUUAAUAGUUACAUGAUCCGCAAGGCGCUCAUCAGGAAGCAUUACCUGGCCAAGACAGUGGAGAACUAUCUCGUCAAGAACCCGGACUCGGUGCUAAAGGAUCAUGUCAAGAGAUCUGAGGCGUUUGAGGUUGAUUUUGCCGAGUUUUUGGACGAUGCCUUGGUUGAAGCGUGGGAUUUGAACGAGAGUAUGGAGAGGAACGCGGAGAAGGAGGAAGAAGAGGAGAGGGAGUGGUGGAUUUUGAAGCCGGGGAUGAGUGAUAGGGGGCAGGGGAUCAGGCUGUUUAGCACGAUGGAGGAGCUGCAGGGGAUUUUUGAUGGGUGGGAGCCCGAGUCUGAUGACGAGGGGGAGGAAGGGGGUGGUGAGGGGCCCCCCGAGGAGGGUUUUGGGAUCAUGACGAGCCAUCUGAGGCACUUCAUCGCCCAACCGUACAUCCACCCCCCUUUGCUCCUCCCUAGCAUGGGAAACAGGAAGUUUCACCUCCGGGUGUAUGCUCUCACCGUCGGGGCGAUGAGGGUUUAUGUUUACAGGGAUGUGUGGCGCUCUUUC